AUGUCGGAUAUCUGUGAGAAACUGUCCAUCCGAGAAGCCGGCUCUUCAGAUUAUGAUGAGAUCAUGAAAAUUGGUGAAUUUCUAUAUGGUUUUGAUUUCGUAGCCAGUAUGUACCAUCAGUAUUUAACGUGGUAUCAUUGUUAUGUUGGUAUUAUAGAAGGACAGAUCAUUGCAUUUAACGCCGGAAAGAUAGUUGAUGGUGGCAAAACUAUGAUAACGAGUGGUGCAAGGGUCAAGGCCAAACUUCAAGGUCAAGGUAUUAUGGGACAGAUAAUAAAACAUAUCGUCAAGAAACUUCGCCAUAUUUCCCCUGAGUUAGAAUACGACUGUUUAACAGCGACUUCAGAAACGACUUCAGAACACGAAGACAAAAUUUUGAGGAAUUAUAAAUAUAUUCUAAAACAGAUCAAUUGUGAUAUUUGUUGUAAAAGAACAGAUUUUAAUACAGACAAAAUAAAUCCAAACAUUGGAAAUGACAUUCAAGAGAUUAGGUACAACAGACUGAAAGAAAUCUUUUACUCACCAACUUCACAAUGGAUGUUUCCAGACCAUCGCAUCGUAGCAGACUGGAGUUCCUAUCGAUUGUUGGAGGAAAAUAUCCCAUCUCUGCUGGAAAGAUUCGGUUUCUGGGAAUCGGGGCAUCUACAGUCUACAGUUAUUUCGGUAGCGGAGACGUAUGUUGUUAAAGAUAGACUUAAUUAUUGUCUAAAUUUCUACGGAAGUGAUUCUAUGGAAAUUCGAAAUCAUAUAGCAUUCCACAUACAAAGAAUCCCAGAAUUCGUUACAACGAAGUGUGAUGACAUUAUGCUAUCUAUGUUAUUUCCCGAAUACGUACAAAAUCCUGGUCAGUAUUACGAACUGUUUAAGUCCAAUUGCAACGAUAAGGCGGGUCAAUACGCUGGCGAAUUGAGAUUGUAUGAGAGACAACUAUAG